AUUUUUUCGAAAUCCCAAAUUAUUAAAGAAAAUAAAACAAAAAACAAAGGUUUCAGCAAAUAAAAAUCGCCAAUAGAACCAUAGCCAAACCUGAUUGAAAUAGACACACUCGACAUUUUAAUGAGCUGAAUGCAAUCGGAUCUCUUCGUACCAUUUCUACUAUUAGCAGCGGCAGGUAAGCUAGAAGCCAAAGGGACAGCGGGAGUGACAGGAUCCAUGUCCUUCAAUGCCCAAGCCUACUUCACUCUCUACCUAGAUAUGCUCACUCACUGUACCCUUUGUCUUCCUUUCUCUCCCUCCGUCCACUUCACAGAUUCUCCCAUCGCACCUUUUCGUUAUUUGGAUUUCGGAUUAGAUUCCUCUCUAUAAAUCCCCCCCAAUCAUGGCGGCAGCCCAAUCACCAUCACCCGAUCUUUCCACCGGUAACAAUUUCUUCAUCAUGCCCCUUCCUCUUUUAAUUCUCUCUUCAUCUUGAUCGCUAGGUCUUUCGAUUUGAUCUUCGAUCGAUCUGUUCUGUUUGUGCUCUGAUUUGAUGGGCCGAGUUGUUUCAUGGAUUGGUGGGGAUGGAUUCAAUUCUGAUAUGCGUCUGUAUGAUCUCUGUCAUGUGAUUUGUUGUUUGCUCCAAUUGAAUGAAUGGUUUCUCCAAAUCGGGAACGAGAAUGACUCUUUUGUGUUGUUUACUGCUAAAUAUAGGAUCUUUCUGCAUCUGGGGAUCGUAAAGUUGGAACCUUUGUUUGAUCUGGGUUGCUGGGAUGCUGUUGAAGGGAUAAUUGUGUGUUUCUUACCUUUUAGUGAUCUCAGAUCCUGGUGAUAUGAGAUAUUCUGAAUCUUGUUAAAUUGUCUGAACUCGAAAAUUCUCAUCGACCCCAUUCUUAAACUGGGAAAAGUAGUUGGAAAAAGAGAUGUGAUUGGAUAAAAACCAUGAUAUACCAUUGAGCAUUGUUAGCUGUGUGGAAACCUCUGAAGAUGUUAGCUUGGCCUUUAGAGUAGACAAGUUCUUGUUACCUGUCCUGCCAUUUUGAGUACUGACUCUGUAACCUGAUCCUCAAAGCCCAGUCUGGUGACUAAUAGUUGUUGACACCUUACUUCUUGGUGCAUGGUUUACUGUUUUUGGUAGAGUUAUGUGGGAAUUUCAUUGUGUUGGUUCUGAUAUUUUCUUCUCGGUUUGGCAUUGCAAUCUUGUGAGUUUAACUAGAUCUGGCUGCUUCUUACUUCAAGAGUAUUCACAUUCUUUAAUUUAUCAUGUUUGCAUAAUAGGUGUGUUUGCGUGGAUUUGUGCGCACAUAUUCAUUGCUUCAAGUUUUGCUAUCAACAGUUUUAAGCUUUGGUUGGUCAAAUUAUAUGUACUGCCUGUGUUUGUAAGACUCUUCUGAGUCACUGAGCAUAUUGAUCAUGGAUGCAGAAGAGAAACUUCUUGAACCAGAUAGCAUGAAGGAGCGGGAUGCUGCCACUAUAGGUCAUCCGAGGGACGCGGCUCAGUUUGGAUCUUUUGGUCCCAUUGGAGAUCAAACCGUCUAUCCUCCAAAUAUGUAUGCCCCUCAGCCUCAGGCUUUCUAUUACAGAGGUUAUGAAACUGGUGAAUGGGAUGAAUUUUCUCCUUAUGUCAAUGCUGAAGGAAUGGACAUGGGAUCUGCAGGCAUCUAUAAUGAGAAUCCUUCUCUUGUAUUCCAUGGUGGAUAUGGGUAUGGGCCACAAGUUCAAUAUGGGCCAUAUUCUCCAGUCACACCACCUUUACCUUCUGUAGGUGGAGAUACACAGUUGUACCCUCCUCAACAAUUCCAGUUUUCAGGCCCCCCUUAUUACCAACAGCUUGGUCCUCCUAAUAUGCCAUACAUUCCCCCCCACGCACCUGUUUCACAGCCUGAAUUCAAUACCUUGCCACCAAUGGAUCAUCAAGGUGAGAACAUGCUUUCUAGACCAAGGCCUACUUACCCUCAUACCUCAGGAUCUUUUGGUAGAGGCAACGCUCCUGGCAAUCUUGGUGGUCUUGGUUUUCAUGAGGUGUUUGAUGGAUUAAGGUCUGGGGGAAUAUGGUCAGAUUACUCAAAGCCCUCUGACAGGCACAGGCCUUUUACUCCCUACUCGCCUGCAGUAUCCCCGCAACCAACUGCUCCUUUCGGGUCAUUUGGGCAGAAUGUUGGAAUGGCACCUCAACAACAAAGAACUUUUUAUGGCUUUGGCUCUGGUUCAAGUUCCUUUGGUAGAGGUCAUACAUAUGGUGGUUUUAAUCAAGGGCCCAGCUUGGGAAAUGCAUCCUUUAAGGGUGUGGGGACAAACAAUCGUGGUUGGCUUUCCUUAGAUAAUAGUAGAUGGCGUGGAAAUAACGGUGUUUCUCUGUGUGGCUGCAAUGGCAACCUUGAUAUCCUUAGUGAGCAAAACCGAGGACCAAGGGCCUCAAAGCCUAAGAAUCAAAGCACAACAGAACAACCUGGUGCUUCAGUCGACAGUACCAAAAGCAGCAAAUGCUCUCCAAAGGUCAAUGACGACUCAUACAACCGACAGGAUUUCAUUACUGAAUAUAAGGAGGCAAAAUUCUUCAUCAUCAAAUCAUACAGUGAAGAUAAUGUCCACAAGAGCAUUAAAUAUGGCGUUUGGGCCAGCACACCCAAUGGAAACAAAAAAUUGGAUGCUGCUUAUGCUGAAGCAAAGAAAGCAGAUCCUUGUCCACUUUUCCUCCUAUUUUCAGUUAACGCCAGUGCUCAGUUCUGUGGAGUUGCUGAAAUGACUGGACCAGUAGAUUUUGAUAAGAGCGUGGAUUACUGGCAGCAGGAUAAAUGGAGUGGGCAGUUCCCUGUUAAGUGGCACAUUAUUAAGGACGUUCCCAAUAGUCAAUUUCGCCAUAUAGUUCUGGAGAAUAACGAUAACAAGCCUGUCACUAAUAGUCGGGACACGCAGGAGGUGAAACUCGAUCAGGGCAUCGAGAUGUUGAACAUAUUCAAGAACUAUGAGACAGAGAUGUCCAUCUUGGACGACUUUGACUUUUAUGAAGACAGACAGAAAGCAUUGCAAGAAAGGAAAUCCAGACAGCAGCAAGUGACUCCCAUUCCUGACACUGCUGUUCCAGAAAAUGAACAGAGAAAGGCAGUGAGCCCUCCCGGUACUUUUAUCAAGCAGAUGUCCAAGAGCUUUGCUCAGGUGGUGCGCUUAGACGAUGAUGCCAGCAAACAAAGCUGCAAUGCAGGUGAGGCAGCUGUCCCCGUCCCAUCAGAUGGUUCCAUGGGUGCCAUGGGGAUCCCACACCUCGAAGAAGUCGUGACGACGGCAGUCUCUACUGCUGCUGAAACUACCGGUGGGUAGGAAUAUACGUGAUGACAUCCUCGAUAUCCCAUCCAGACGAUCGUUCUGGCAUGAGGUGGUUGUUUGGGCAGAGGAUUUUCAUUAGCGUGGUGCAUGAAGCGAUGACAGACAGUAUUCUGCAAGUUCUGUCAUGUCAGAUCUUGUGAGAAGGUAGUUUUUGGCUUUGCUGCUCUUAUUAGUUUUGUGAUGGUGUCUCAGGUUUCCAGUUUGUUUGGUUUCUUUUAAGUUUUGGAAGUGUUAGAGGUUGGCAUUAUGAGUUCCUCCAUGUGUAAUAUAAUGCAAUUUGAGCAUUCAGGUAAAAGGGUUUUGCUUUUCCCCCCGCUGGACUCACCCCUUUCAAUGCACUGCGUUUGCUGUUCUGCUGCUUUCAGAUAAUGUAGCAAGUGUAGACGAAAGGUUUCGAAAGUCUUGUUUUUUUUUAAAGAGAAAUCCUCAAGUAAUGGAUUAUAUGACACUGCCAGAGAAAUUGGUUGAAUACUUGAAUGGUUAUAUGGAUUUCGUGA